AUGGCGUCCCAACAACAACCUGGAGCAGCUACAGCUCAAGCUGGUGUACAUCAAACAGCUGUACUUCAACAACCUCAACAACCACAACUGAGUCAGCAACAAGAUUUUGACCCUGUCCACAGAUUCAAGAUGCUCAUACCACAGCUGAAAGAAAGUCUACAGAAUGUCAUGAGCAUCGCUUCACUGAAUUUUGCUCAUAACACAGCUAUUGACAAUGGGAUCAAAAGUAACGACGCCACGGUACAGCGCUUUGACAAGAGUUUAGAGGAAUUUUAUGCUCUCUGUGAUCAGCUGGAGCUCUGUUUGCGGCUCGCUCAUGAAUGCCUCUCCCAAAGUAUUGACAGCGCAAAACACUCACCCAACCUGGUGCCUACUGCCACCAAACCAGACACAGUACAGACAGAAUCACUCUCCUACUCUCAGUACCUAAGCAUGAUCAAAUCGCAGAUAUCCUGUGCCAAAGACAUCCAUAAUGCUCUUUUGGAGUGCUCAAAGAAGAUCGCAGGAAAAGGCCAGCAACAAGGAAUCCUUUAGUCAUGUCCUCUCUGUUUCCCUCUUUUGAUUAUGUUUGCUCUGCUUAAG